AUGAAGAGCCUUGGUGGUAAAUUUUCUUGUGAUGUUGCUCUCAUGAAGCCCUCAGCUGAAGUGCCACAGGAUGCUAACCAUGUUCGUCCUGCAGAUAUAAGACACAUUGGUGCCAUGGGCGAUUCGUUUGCUAUUGGUUUGCACUCAACAAACUACGACGGCGAAAUGGCAGAUAUCUUUCCGGGUAACUCAUUUUUUACCGGAGCAGAUGAGUCUCUAUCGCAACACGUUACUAUUGCAAACAUAUUACGAGAACUUAAUCCCCAAAUAGGAGGAGUCUCUUACGGAAAAGGAAGUGCAAAGGCCAGUUUCAACGUUGCAGUACCGUGGACGAACAGUGAGGAUUUACCACGUCAAGCGGAGGAUCUGGUCAACCGCAUAAAGAUGAAAGGGAGAAUGGUGUGGAUGUACGAAUGGAAGUUGAUUGCAAUUUUCACGGGAAUUCACGAUUUAGGAUUUCUCAGUUGUCAUGAUGAUAGAACACAGGAACCUACGCCAGCUUGGCAGUACAAGACAAACAUUGAAAAUGCUAUUGGCAUAUUACGCGCUGCUCUAAACAGAACAAUCGUGGUCCUUAUUCCGAUUUUAACCCCUCGAGUUCUCAUUGGAGCUGAGUACAUGAUUGAUAGAAUACCGAAGCCGUGCUGGCUCGGAAAUGUUAUUCGUGAUCAUCGGGAUUACCAUGUGUGGGAUUUAAAUAAGAUGCUGAAGAAAAUUCAAUACGAACGGAAGUUUGAAUGUAGUGGUUUUGCUGUGGUUUUGCAAGAUUUUGUGGAUAAUGUACUGGAUCCUGUGCUAAAUAGGAAUGAAGAAGAUCAGGAGAUAUUCUACGCGCAUGACCUGUUCCAUCUUAGCAAAUAUGGGAACGCGGUAUUUGCAACUCACCUUUGGAAUUCCUUGUUAGAUCCUGUCGGAAGUGCAGCAACAAAUUUUUCGGAUACAACAGUUACUUUAAAGUGCCCUUCAGAGUUAGCUCUGAAACGACUGAGGAUGUCUGUGGUAUUCUGGAAAGGCGUGAAAAUUUUGCCGCGGGUGCUUCUUGUAUUCUUUGCUACCAUCAUAUUGGUCAAGCGGCAUCAGACUAGACCUCCUAAAUCACAUGGUGUGUAUCUUACUUGUGACUACGAAGUGAUGCUUCCGUCUAAAGUGAUACCUCGCUUCGUCGACAAUGUCCGUCCUGCCGAUAUAAAAGCUAUUGGAGCAAUGGGAGACUCUUUACUGUGGAGGAGUUUGGAUCAACGUCGUCAAGAUACGCUUUUGCACGGUUGCGGAAUCGCAGAGAACUCAAACUCUCGAUCGAGUGGAGUGCUCACACACCUACGGACCGCAGAGAACCACAACAAGAACGCGUUUUAUGAUGACCUCAAUACGUUGAUAUCCAAGAUAUCGAGCCAGCGGGCGGUAAUCGUUGGAAUCGAUUCGAAUACAAAGAUGGGACUUGAGCAACAAUCCGAUGUGCUUGGAAAAUGGUUCUAUCCCAUCCAGCAAACAUCUGACAACGGGAAUCGUCUGAUAGACCUUUGCGAGCAGACGAAUCUCAUCAUUGCAUCACUGCAUCCAAGAGGAAUCAUCGACACCAUCAGCUUACGUGGCAAGCGACAACCGCGAAGAACGCCAGAAGAGCAGCGAAGGCGGAAGAUGUCGACUCUUAAGCUUCAACUCGAUUGGGUUCUGACGAAGAACAUUUCUCUGUCGCACACAUAA